UGGUCUAUCAAAAUAUAAGAACCAACAACCAUUUUAGCAGAUUUACGUUUUCCCAAAUUAGUAGUUUUGUUUCUAAGUCGAUUUGUAGAAAUAGAAUUUCACAGUUUUUUUUUUCAUAUUUACGCGAAUGCGACUCCCGCAGUCACGCUGAUUGUCGGCUCCCGUCCUUGCCCACAUGGUCAAUUAUUGUAGAACUGUAUUUUGUGGAGUCUUAAUUCAGUGUUCCAAAACAACAGGACGUUGGUAUUCGGUUUCAACGACGAGGAGAUAAUAAUAUAGUAUGAAGUUCAUAAAAGGAAAGAGACCCCAAAAUGGUCAAUCAGGACGUACUAGAGCUUUCCAAGCUCUUCGGCAGGGCGGUACUCGUAAUCGUCUACGUGUAGCGGCGGCCAACAAGGCGUCCAAGGUGAAACGUUUAAGAGCCAUUCAAAAACACUCCACCAACGGCAAACUUAACAAUAAAAAUAUGAUGUCAAAGAACAAUGCUAGAGUAGCGAUGAAUGUGGUUGAUGCUCGUGUUAAACUAUUGCAAAAGGCUUUAGAAAAACCAAACGUGAUGGUAGAUGCUAGACAAAAGUUAACAAAACAAAAGGAUGCUCGCGAAAAAAUUCAGGAACGUCGUUUACAUUCAACACCAUAUGACGCAAUACAAUAUGUAGAAACGUCAAGAGGCCAUUCCAAUAACUUAGGUCGUGUAAAAAUUGACCGCCGUGGUAUUCUUACUGUCAAGUCUAUUUUGGAUGAAAGAGCAUCAUCGCAUCAUUCUGAAUUUAGAGAUAGAAGACCAGACAGACAGUCUUCUGUAAAUCAAGGACGUUUUGAUGUUAUAGAAAAAAGACGUAGUAGUAACACUUUCAAUUCAGAGCUGAAUACAUUUAGAAGUGACAGACCUAUUGAAGAAAUUAGACCAGUGAGACGGGAUAUGAGAAUGUCAAGACGUCCAAUACAAAACACACAGUCUAUGAGACGACCGCCAGACCGUCCUACAAGACCAAUGAGAGUUAAUGAUAAGCCAUAUAAUAGACCUAUGGCAAUGGAUUAUGAGGAUUCAAUGGAAUGGGAAGAUACAAAUAGAUACUCUCCAACACCGGUAAUGAGACGGAAUGUUGGAAAUGCAAUGUUCAAUCAUGAUGGAUAUCAAGAUGAUUUAUCCGAUAGAAAUUCAAGGAAUCAUAGAGGGUUGAGUGAAACAUUACGUUCAAGAUUGGACUCUCAUCAAACAGCCUUAGCUAAGCGUGCACGACCACCUAUAGGCCAUAAAAUUAUUAUAUCCAAUUUAGAACCGUCUGUGACAUGUGAAGAUAUAAGAGAACUAUUUGCAGACAUAGGAGAUUUAUUAGAAUCUAAGGUGAUUCGACCUGGUGUUGCUGAAGUGAUUUACAAUCGUCGUGCUGAUGCUAUACAAGCAGUAGAUGUAUAUCACAACAGACAGCUGGAUGGCAGGCCUAUGAAAUGUGACAUGGUGAGGAAUGCUGGUUCUAACAGUGGGCCAAUAUCUGUAUCUGGAACAAGUCGUAGAAUGCCUGCACGUGGUGCUGAUAUGUAUAAACCAUCAGCGUAUGUCGGUUAUGAUUUAGAUGCUGUACAUACUGCAUUGUUUAAUAAUAAAUAAAUAUUUGUCUAUCCCAUUAGUGUAUGAAAUUUUACUAGAUUCAUAUACCACAUUUUUUGGCCAACAAUUUAUAACUCACAUUUCACAAAAUUGCAGAUGUCUAUUUUCAAAUUAUAUAAAUUUUAUAAUUUUUUUUCUCCAAAACUCAACAAAGUUAAAAUGUAUAAAUAAAUUGUGUCUAGGGUAAUAAAUGCUUUAUCUUAUUAGCCAUUUAAGUACAGACUACUGUAAUUUAUGAUUAUCCAACAAUUUACUUAAGAUACUAAAGAUUUAGUAAAUAAAUUAAUGUAUUAUUUUUGUUCAUUAUACAUUGGUAAAUGUACACAAAUUGGUUUUUAAUUAUGACUGUAACACCUUAGGGUAAAUGUUAGCCAACAUGGCACUGUAAAAUGUUUAUACAUAUUAUACUAAUAUUGAGCAUGUGGAUUAUUAGUUAAGUUAGAAUAUUUAUUAAAUUUUUUAUUAAGUUUUUAUGAUGGACUACAAUCUUAAGAUUAAUAAAAAAUUUAAGCAUACAAAAAUAAUUGUUAGGUUUUUAAAGUCAGUCUUAGAAUUUAGAAUUCACAGGAAAGAGUUAACAUGUUAAAUUAACAUUUUUAGUGUAAUAAUAUAAUUAUAUUGUUUGUAAAAUAAAUGUUUCUUAUGUAUUUUUAUAAAAAUAUGUAUGUUUUAUGAUUAAUUUAAUGAGUGAGUAAUAAAAUACUUUUAUUAGGUAAA